GGCCAGGGAUGGAGCCCAGGACACCUCAGCUGUCAGCAGUGGCCUCUGGGAUGAGCUGGGAGGCUGGCGGGAUCCGGACCACGGGCAGGCCUGAGGCCGGUGUGUGCUCCCUGGCGCUGCCCUCUGACCUGCAGCUGGACCGCCGGGGUGCCGAGGGGCCGGAGGCCGAGCGGCUGCGGGCAGCCCGAGUCCAGGAGCAGGUCCGCGCCCGCCUCUUGCAGCUGGGACAGCAGCCACGGCACAACGGGGCCGCUGAGCCCGAGCCUGAGGCGGAGACUGCCAGAGGCACAUCCAGGGGGCAGUACCACACCCUGCAGUCUGGCUUCAGCUCUCGCUCUCAGGGCCUGAGUGGGGACAAGACCUCGGGCUUCCGGCCCAUCGCCAAGCCAGCCUACAGCCCAGCCUCCUGGUCCUCCCGCUCCGCCGUAGACCUGAGCUGCAGUCGGAGGCUGAGUUCUGCCCACAACGGGGGCAGCGCCUUUGGGGCCGCUGGGUACGGGGGUGCUCAGCCCACCCCUCUCAUGCCCGCCAGGCCUGUGUCCUUCCACGAGCGCAGUGGAGUUGGCAGCCGGGCCGACUAUGACACACUGUCCCUGCGCUCGCUGCGGCUGGGGUCUGGGGGCCUGGACGACCGCUACAGCGUGGUGUCUGAGCAGCUGGAGCCUGCAGCCACCUCCACCUACAGGGGCUUUGCCUACGAGCGCCAGGCCAGCUCCAGCUCGAGCCGGGCAGGGGGGCUGGACUGGCCCGAGGCCACCGAGGUUUCCCCGAGCCGGACCAUCCGUGCCCCUGCCAUGCGGACCCUGCAGCGAUUCCAGAGCAGCCACCGGAGCCGCGGGGUAGGUGGGGCAGCGCCGGGGGCCAUCCUGGAGCCUGUGGCCCGAGUGCCAUCUGUGCGCAGCCUCAGCCUGGCUGACUCGGGCCACCUGCCGGACGUGCGUGGGUUCAAUAGCUACUGUGGCCACCGAACCCUGCAGAGACUCAGCAGCGGUUUUGAUGACAUUGACCUGCCCUCAGCAGUCAAGUACCUCAUGGCUUCAGACCCCAACCUGCAGGUGCUGGGAGCGGCCUACAUCCAGCACAAGUGCUACAGUGAUGCAGCGGCCAAGAAGCAGGCCCGCAGCCUUCAGGCCGUGCCUAGGCUGGUGAAGCUCUUCAACCACGCCAACCAGGAAGUGCAGCGCCACGCCACAGGUGCCAUGCGCAACCUCAUCUACGACAAUGCCGACAACAAGCUGGCCCUGGUGGAGGAGAACGGCAUCUUUGAGCUGCUGCGGACACUUCGGGAGCAGGACGAUGAGCUUCGAAAAAACGUCACAGGGAUCCUGUGGAACCUCUCAUCCAGUGACCACCUGAAGGACCGCCUGGCCAGAGACACGCUGGAGCAGCUCACUGACCUGGUGUUGAGCCCCCUGUCGGGGGCUGGGGGUCCCCCCCUCAUCCAGCAGAACGCCUCGGAGGCGGAGAUUUUCUACAAUGCCACCGGCUUCCUCAGGAACCUCAGCUCAGCCUCUCAGGCCACUCGCCAGAAGAUGCGGGAGUGCCACGGGCUGGUGGACGCCCUGGUCACCUACAUCAACCACGCUCUGGACGUGGGCAAAUGCGAGGACAAGGUGAGGGGCGCGGUGCGGGCAGAGGUGUCCAAGGACCCCAAGGGCCUCGAGUGGCUGUGGAGCCCCCAGAUCGUGGGGCUGUACAACCGGCUGCUGCAGCGCUGCGAGCUCAACCGGCACACGACAGAGGCCGCCGCCGGGGCGCUGCAGAACAUCACGGCAGGCGACCGCAGGUGGGCGGGGGUGCUGAGCCGCCUGGCCCUGGAGCAGGAGCGUAUCCUGAACCCCCUGCUAGACCGCGUCCGGACCGCAGACCACCACCAGCUGCGCUCACUGACCGGCCUCAUCCGAAACCUGUCUCGGAAUGCUAGGAACAAGGAUGAGAUGUCCACGAAGGUGGUGAGCCACCUGAUCGAGAAGCUGCCGGGCAGUGUGGGUGAGAAAUCGCCCCCAGCCGAGGUGCUGGUCAACAUCAUAGCUGUGCUCAACAACCUGGUGGUGGCCAGCCCCAUUGCCGCCCGAGACCUGCUGUACUUUGACGGGCUCCGAAAGCUCAUCUUCAUCAAGAAGAAGCGGGACAGCCCCGACAGUGAGAAGUCCUCCCGGGCAGCGUCCAGCCUCCUGGCCAACCUGUGGCAGUACAACAAGCUCCACCGUGACUUCCGGGCGAAGGGCUAUCGGAAGGAGGACUUCCUGGGCCCAUAGGUGAAGCCUCCUGGAGGAGGAGAAGGUGACGUGGCCCAGCGUCCGAGGGACAGACUCAGCUCCGGGCUGCUGGGCGGCCCAGCCUGGAGGAGAAGGCUGAUGACCGAGGGGCCCCUCGCUAGGACCCCUGUGUGCACCUUUGAGAGUCCUGGGCCACCAGGAGGGGCAGGGGCUUAUAGCUGGGGACUUGGCUUCUGCAGGGCAGGGGUGGGGCAGGGCUCGAGGCUGCUCUGGGGUAUGGGGUGGUGAUCCAGUCACAUUGGCAGAGGUGGGGCUGGCCGUAGCCUGGCAGUAUCUUGGGAUAGCCAGCACUGGGAAUAAAGAUGGCCAUGAACAGUCA